GGGAGCGGUGGCUGCAGUGCCACCAUCUUUUAUGAAGUACUUUUUGAAAGCAGAGACAAAGCAGCAGGUGGGUAUCCAUUCUCGAGGUUCUUUUCACUGGUGUCUGGCUUCUGCCAUCCAGAUCUUCCUUCAGAGAGCGAGCGAGAGAAAGAGAUAGAGAGAGAGAGAUGGGUAUGUGGGAUUACUUUUACUCAACAAGCGAUUUUCUUAAAAGGAAUGCUCCCGAUCAGACGACCGUUAAGGGCUGGUGCUCGAGUUCUUAUGGUAUCGGCUCGGCUGCCGUUAACAAGAUCGACAAGGCCGUUAGGAUCGACGCCCCCCACAAGGUGAAGCAGUGCAUGACGAACGAGGAGGCACGGUCCAGGAUCGGCCAGGCCGCCACCUAUAUUGCUAAAGAAGCCGCCUAUUAUGGCUUCCAUGAGGGCCUCAAAACACUACCUGGUGGAGCUCCUGUUUCUAACUUACUCAAGCACUUUGAACAGAAGUCUGAGAGUGAGAGUCAUGAAGUACGGGAACUGAAGGCAUUGCAAACCAAGGUAGUUAAACUGGAGGAAGAGAUCAGCAUAUGUCGGAAACUAAUGGGACAAGCCGAGAUACAAAAGCCAGCUAGUGAAGAAAUGAAGUCACAGAAAGCAUUCUCCUUCGAUUCAGAAGAUGGGGGGAUCAGAGCCUUCUGGAUUUAGUAUGAUAGUUCCUGAGGUUGGAAGAACCAGGAAGGAUCCUUAUUCGAAGGCAACAUCAGGUAAAAUCUAGGUGGAUUGACAAAAUCCUUGUUAUUAGUCACGAAUAAUCCUUGUGCUAAGUGAAGUGUGACAGUACUGUUUCCUACUUGUUGUAAUCGAAUGGCACAAUAUUAGAAUAUAUGAAGGCCUUCGCAGAAAAGUUUAGUACAUUAUUGUACCGUGCUUAUAUAAUAUGGUUAAGGAGCAUGCUUUUGCACA